AUGAGUAUAUAUAUACCGUAUAAAUCUUUAGUAUAAGGUGGGCUGAUAGCAAAUUAUCAAUCAAUUCAAAUAUCAAACGAUGGUAUUCUAGUAACUUUCCAAAAUCCCAUACAAAAAUGGAAAACGAAGAGAGAGAAAAUCAUAAUCUUCAUCAAAAUCAGCAUAAUCUUCAUCAAAAUCUACUAUCACCAAAAUCACAAAAACAAACCUUACAAUAUGAAGAUGAUGAAUUAAAAAGUCUAAGAAUAUUUCUAACAUGGGCUUGUGUUGAUCAAUCAAACCCUUGGAAAACAAGCCUAUCUUGGUCCGUUUUCUUCUUGUUUUGUAUUGGUGUUCCAAUUUUAUCGCAUUUUGUAUUGUAUUGUUCAACUUGUAAAGAUGAAGAUCAUCUUCAACCUUUUGAUUCCAUUGUUGAGCUUUCGCUUUCGGCCAUUUCUAUUCUUUCAUUUCUUAAUCUUACCAAAUUUGCUAGAAAACUUGGUCUUAGGAGGUUCCUUUUCCUUGAUAAGCUCUAUGAAGAGAGUGAUCGGGUUCGGUUCGGGUACUCCAAACAACUUCAGAGAUCAGUCAAAAUCCUAUGUAUGUUUGUGGUACCCUGUUUCAUUGCUGAUACAGCCUACAAAAUCUGGUGGUAUGCCACAGGAGGACCUAAAAUCCCUCACUUUGGCAACCUAAUAUUGAGCCACACCAUUGCUUGCUUCUUGGAGCAAUGCUCUUGGCUAUAUCGAACCUCGAUCUUCUUCCUAGCUUGCGUGCUCUACCGUGUUAGCUGCUACCUUCAGAUCCUUAGACUCGAGGAUUUCGCUCAGGUGUUUCAACUCGAAACGGAUGUUGCAAUGGUUUUACUAGAGCAUCUAAGGAUCAGAAAGACUCUGAGGAUCAUUAGCCAUCGAUUUCGAACUUUCAUUUUGUUCACCUUGUUACUUGUCACUGCUAGCCAGUUUGCUUCUUUGCUAGUCAUUACUAAGUCUGAUGGCGGUAAAGUUGAUGUCUACACUGCUGGAGAAGUCGCGCUUUGUUCGGUAACCCUGGUAACCGGAGUGUGCAUAUGCCUAAGAAGUGCAGCAAAGAUCACACAUAAGGCGCAAGCCAUUACCUCCUUGGCUGCUAAAUGGCAUAUUUGUGCUACGAUAGACUCUUUCGACGCUGUCGAAGGUCAAACAACUCCAAUCACUCGAUCAUUCUCGCCUCUUACAUUCCCCUACUGUACACAUACUGAGUCAGACGAGGAGGAGGGAGAUGGCGACGACGACCUUGAUAACACUAAGAUGGUUCCUGUUUUUGCAAACACUAUUUCCUACCAAAAGAGGCAAGCCUUAGUAACUUAUCUAGAGAAUAAUAGAGCUGGGAUUACAGUGUAUGGAUUCAUGUUGGAUAGAUCAUACCUCCAUACUAUUUUUGGAGUUGAAUUAUCCUUGGUACUUUGGUUGCUUAGCAAGACAGUGGGUAUUUCAUAAUUAAGAAGUUUUAUGUCACUCUGAUUUGAUUUCUAUUCCUUGUAUAGAAUUUUAUGUCCAAUGGCUUAAUGAAAUGGUACAUAUCUACAUAAUAUGGUAUAUUUUUUAAAUUGAUGUACUAUUAGGGGAAGAAUUUUGUACUUCGUUUGAUUUUUUGUUUGGUACGAUAUUAGCUGUUGUUAUAGAAAAUGUAUGUUUAAUGUAAUUUGUAUUAGAAUAGAUCAGGAUUACGGAGUAUAUUGUUUUGUUUCAUUAUGGUAAACUCGGAAGGAGAAAAAACAUAUGUACGCAAGUACUAAUUUUGUAAGGCACGGCAAAUUAUUAAAUGCAAGAUAUCUAUUUACGAAGUA